AUGGCGAAAAAAUCCUCCCUCUCUCUCUUACGCAGGCUUUUGCAUGUGAUUACACUUCUCUCCGUCUGCUUGCUUCUCAUCCACCGCAUUUCCGCCACCUCCGCCACCAAUCAACCCCACUUUGAGGGGUUCGAUGCUGAUGAAGAUGAUGAGUUUGUCAUAGAAUCGAAUGACGUUGGACCUAUCCGGUACCGUACGCCCCCUAUCUCUCUUUCUGAACCCACCUUGGAAUCCCGUCAUGAAAACCCGAAUCCAAAGCCCGACUCCCAAAUUCUGUCCCCGGUUUCAGAUCCGAAUUUAAAUUCGAAGCCCGCUUCAACGUCGUUUGAUUAUUGGGACGAGGAUGAGUUUGAAGGGAUUCCACAAGAUUUGCCCCCGGAAAAUAUUGUUACUAAGGAAUCUGCUACUGGGUCGGAAUUUGAUUUGAGUUCUGACCCGGAAAAACCUGAUUCGGGGAAAGACGUGAAAUCUGAAGUUUCGGAUGUUACGUCUCUAGUGAAUCUGUUGUUGUCAUAUUCUAUUGAAAUUGUAUGUGUUAUAUUUUUGAUUGUUUUCGCUAUUAAUUAUUUCACGGGGAAAAGGGACAAUGAGAACUUGGCGUUAGCAUGGGCGAGUAAGUUUGCAACUAAGGAUUCGAUUUUCGACAAGAAUUUUAGCUUGUUGGGUGUGGGGGAGACUGAAGAUUCUCCACUGUUGUUGAAGGAAGGGAAUAACGUAUUUAAGUUUUAUGCAAGUGGGAGGAGGUUUUGCUCGGGAUUGCUGGCAACAAUGGAACUUAAGAGCCGGCACGAUUUGAUUUCAAGACUGUACAAUAUGGUGGUACCAUGUAAGGAUGAAAUCACAUUUGAGGUGUAUAUGAAUGAUGAUGCGAUGGAUCAUGUGGUUUUUGCCUUGGCAAGGAAGAAGUUGGCAAAAAUAAUGCAGAAGGAGGCGAGGGACUUGCAGCGGUUUGCAGUGCAGGUGGCACCUCCGAGUGGGAGGAAGUGGGUGGUGGAGGAGCUGCAGGUGAUCUCUGAAUCCAAGGAGGUUGCUGGGGAUUUAAUUACUGAUGCUGUACUAGAUCAGGUUUUUGGUGACAAAGCAUUUGAUAAAUUUGGCAAGGGUUUCAUCUCACUGCAUUUUUCUGAUCAACACUUGGGAUCAAACAAGAAGAUGCUGGUUUUGAAGUUUGCUCUUCCAGAUGCUAUUCACAUGGCUGACAUGAGUCGAUUGGUCGCCCUUGUACCCUAUUACAUCGACCUGAUUGGAAGAUACAAGCCCAGCUCCCAGGCUCGAUCUAAAACAGAGGCAGCUAGAUUAAAAGUUGCUCAAGAGAUUUACAAGGAACUUCAAAAUGCCAGGCAAGAAGCCUUGCAGCAAAAGAAGGUGGAGCAGAGAAAGAAAUUGGAAGAGGCUCAGUCAAAACUAAGCGCCGAGGCUCUUCGCAAGAAAGAGGCAAAAGAGCGUACUCGUCAAAUGAAGAAGUUCGCACCUAAAUUUAAGAUAAGCCAGGCUCAUUAG